GCCAAUGCUGCACUGUAGUGCCAGCAUGGAGGGGGACACACUGGAUUUCUUAUCAGCAGCGUGGGAUUGUUUCCAAUUCUAAAAUCUGCUGUGACAACAAACUGGCUACUGAGCUCAACCGGUCCAGGAACAGAAUUCAACUGGUUUUGGACGGAUUUGUUUCUGAAAUACAGAGAAAUGCUCAAAUUUAGCCAAUCUGCUCAGCAGCAGCAAAACACUACUUCAGUGAAAUGAAUGUGUUUUUUCUGACAUGGGGACAGUUUCAUUCUGAAAGCUUUGAAGAAGACUAGUUGAAGUUGGAGAGGAUUGUCUGACAUUGCUGCCAUUCUUAUUGCCCUGGGACUGACAUUGUUUUUAAUGCUGUUUCAUAUUCGCAAUGCAAGAAUUAUAUCAAACGAAGAACUCCUCAUCUGCAGCUAUGAACUGGACUAAAUGAAAGGGGAGGGAAGGCAAGAAAAAGCCAAGAUUUUCUGUUUUGAUCACAGGAAUUUGCCUUUAAUUUCAAAAACAAGGACCAAAUCAAACCCAGAUAAAAAAAAUGAGGACUAGCUCAACACAACAUGGUAGAAAACUGAACAGAAUAUGACACAAGAUGUCUAAUUCAAUCCAAAAUAGGAUGCUUCCCUUGGCUUUGGAUUUGAUCAUCAUGGCUUGACGACCUACCUUUCAGAUCAAUGAAACUCGAUUCAGUGAAUUACCUAAAGGAGGAUGUACACAAAUGAUAAAGGUCAAGCUAAAUCCUAAAACAAGGAUUACAAAUUCCCACAUUGAAGACUUGGUGUUCUACAGACAUGUUUUCAAUUCUGACAAUUGCAUAGUUGACUUACUGCGCAGGAGUGCAUUUCCUGUUCAUCUGCCCUUAACUGUUGCUUCCUGCCACAAUGUUUAAAGCAGAGAUUGUGCAAAGGUGACCAGAUAUCUUGGUCGUAGGCUCUGAAGCCGGUUGACCUCUGGCAUGUGUUGAGUGUUCGAUGCAAAGACAGUACAUGUUCGUACAAGGUACGAGGUGCUAUGCUGAGAGUACCAAGUGUUGCACCAGCUCCAUCAGGCCACGAGUGGCAAUUUCAGUGUUCUGUCGGAGUGGACUGUAGUGACGUCGAACCUCGGUGUAUUUGGCUGGCAGUUUUGAGGGGUGUUUCGCCUCUUGCUUCCCCACGCCCAACUCCCAUCACAUCACCAAGAAGACGGGGCUCCCGGAGGGUCAUACAGCGCCAUCGGUUGACCUGGGCUAAAGGGCGGAGAGAUGGCAUGGUGUCGCCCAAUGAGAACAGGCGCCGGCCGCUGUCAUCGGGUGAGGUGGAGGGCAUGUCAUGGCAGGGCCCACGAACCAUUUUUCUCCAGAAAAACUCACAGGGAUUCGGCUUCACUCUGCGCCACUUCAUCGUCUACCCUCCAGAGUCCUCUCUCCACACCGUCAAGGAUGAAGAGAAUGGCAACACAAUGGGAAAAGGUUGUCAGUGGUCUCGCUUGGAGCCAAUGGACACCAUCUUUGUGAAGAGUGUCAAAGAAAAUGGCCCCGCCCACCAAGCUGGACUGUGCACAGGGGACAGACUGGUGAAGGUGAAUGGGGAGAGCAUUCUGGGAAAAACCUACUCUCAGGUGAUCGCCCUCAUCCAAAACAGUGAAAACAUUCUGGAGCUCUCUAUUAUGCCAAAAGAUGAGGAUGUGUUGCAGUUGGUAAGUGCAUACUCCCAGGAUGCCUACCUGAAAGGCAAUGAGCCAUACACAGGUGAGGCUCAAAACCUCCCUGUGCCACCACUUCUCUGUUACACCUCUACCAAGGCCAGCUCUGCUGCCUCACAGCCAAGCCACAGCCUCCACAGCCCCCUGGACAACUGGCAGUGUCGGCCUGGAACCACCACUUUGCCACUGGACAACAGCCCCGCUGCUGCUUCUACUCCUGCCUCCGGCUGGUCCGGAGGCAGAUAUGAGGAUUCCAGUGGCCACUUUGUCCCAUCGGGGCGGUACCGUGGGCGAUCCUCAUCAGCCAUCAGCGCACUUGACUUUCACUUUGCUAACCACAAUGCUGCCAUCGCCUCUGCAACUCUCCCACGAAAGAGCAGCCUGCCAGCUUCUGCGCGUGCUCACACUGAUGCCCUCUGCCAGCAGGCUCUGUCAGACUGGUACUACAGCCAGGCUGAGGCUGCAGAGCGCAUGUCCCCCCGCCAUCGCAGUAUAUCUCAGGAUCGUUUAGCAGAGCUGGGUUUGGCACUGGGUCCCGGGCCUGCAGCUGUCUCUACCACUUCUGCAGAGCAUCACAGGAGAGAAACCCUCCUGUACCAUCACCAAGCAGCAGCUGCUUCCCAUGAUUCUUAUUGGCUUGGCGGCUGGGGUGGAGUAUCAGGACCAGGUAGCAGGUCGUGCUCAGAAAGUCUGCUGGCAGCCUAUGCUGAAUAUGAGCACAACUAUGGUCGUUCUGUGGAAACACUGGCACAAGCCUCUGCUCUGGUCUCCCCACGCUACGAACACACUUCACAAAGCUCCCAAACAACUAAAUACAGUGAGGCGAAAGACCAGAAAGCCUCAGGAGGACACCAGCACCAAACCACAGUGACAUCCCCCAUCAGAACCUCCUCCACAGUGCCUCCGAGUGGCAGGCAGCCAGGUCAGCAGGUAGCUGAGCCCCAAACAAGGCGAGUAAAAGAGGAAGAGCUGGUGGGCUACAAAAGCUAUAGCCCUUCUUUCUCCCGCAAAGCUGGCCACCUUCUUCAGCAAGCCCACUCCUUCAGAGAACCCAGCUAUAGCGGCCCUCACCUCGACUGGAGCCUUGGUGGAAGAAGCAGCCCGGUGGACAACGAUGGGGCGUUGGCGCCCCGGCCCCAGUCCACACCAGCCCUGUCCACAUCAGAGGAGGAGAGAGUUGGAGAAGACAGAGAGGUCGUCUCCCCUGUAUCACUGAAUCAGGAGGUGGUCCUUAGACAGAAGCCCGCUGCAGCCCGCCGAGCCGCCCUUCAGAGCCUGCGACACUACAGCACACCUGUUGAGUCACCGGAGCCACCUGGUUUGAUACCUUCACCUGGGGCCCCCUCCCCUAUCUCUGGCACUGGACCCAGCCGCAGGGCCAAUGGUAGCCUGGCACAGCAUGCACUUGACUCCCUGUCCUCUAUUCCCUUCAUAGAUGAACCUACCAGUCCUAAUAUUGACCAUCAGGCCUGCUAUGUACCAGCCUGCUCUGUGGUGUCCAGCUCCCAGGCCUCCAUUAUGGCCACUCUCACUUCCACCUUUGUCUCCCCCAACCUCUCCUCCAUCUCUCCCUUUGUUCGACUUCGUUCUCAGGAUUGCAGCAGCAUUAAGGGUCGUCGCUCCUCUUACUUGCUGGCCAUCACCACUGAGAGGUCUAAGUCCUGUGAUGAGGGGCUCAACACGUUCAGGGAAGAAGGUCGUGUCUUCUCCAAACUACCAAAAAGGGUCAAGAGCUUUUUUACUGAUGGGUCUCUGGAGAGCUUGCGAGUCCAGGAGGAGGCCCGGUCAAAGCGCCACUCCACCUCAGAGUUGGGCACCAUCACCCUCAGUGAUAUACACAAGGAGGGCUGGCUGCACUACAAACAGAUCCUCACAGAGAAGGGAAAGAAAGUUGGUGGUGGCAUGCGACCGUGGAAACGCGCCUUCUCAGUGCUCCGCUCCCACUCGCUGUUCCUCUACAAAGACAAGCGAGAGGCUGUGCUUCAUGGAGCGGGGGCAGGACCCAGCCAGGAUGAACAUCCCCCGAUCAGCAUCCGCGGCUGCCUGAUCGACAUCGCCUACAGUGAAACCAAGCGCAAGCACACCCUGAGGCUGACCACGCAGGACUUCUGCGAAUACCUGCUGCAGGCCGAGGACAGGGAUGACAUGUUGGCCUGGAUUAGAGUCAUCAGGGAGAACAGCAAGACAGACAACGAGGAGAUUGGUUUUUCGAAACAAGCUCUCAUCAACAAGAAGCUGAACGACUACAGAAAACACAGUCUGACAGGUAACAAGCUGGACUCCUCUCCCAAAGCUCAUCGUAUGAUGCCUCCCUUCCUCCUGGCUAAAACUGACAACACCUCAGUGAACCGAGCCUCCAGAUCUGAUGACAACAAGGCACUCUGGGGCAUCAACAUCAUGAAGAAGGCCAAGAAGACAGGCAGUCCGAAGGCUUUUGGUGUGCGACUGGAGGACUGUCAGCCAGCUGUCAACCAUAAGUUUGUACCUCUGAUAGUGGAGAUGUGCUGUGGUGUUGUCGAGACGCUGGGUCUAGAGUACACUGGCAUCUACCGCGUACCAGGAAACAACGCCAUGGUGUCCAAUCUGCAGGAGCAUCUCAACAAGGGCAUGGACAUUAACACUGCUGAGGAGAGAUGGCAGGACCUAAAUGUAAUCAGCAGCCUGCUUAAAUCAUUUUUCCGAAAACUGCCGGAGCCUCUGUUUACUGAUGACAAAUACAAUGACUUCAUUGAUGCUAACCGAAUAGAAGAUGCAGAGGACAGACUGAAGACCAUGAAGAAACUGAUCCAUGACCUCCCAGAUCACUAUUAUCACACCCUCCAGUUCCUGGUGGGCCAUCUUAAGAGGGUGGCAGAUCACUCUGAAAAGAAUAAGAUGGAACCAAGAAACCUAGCUCUGGUGUUUGGACCCACUCUGGUGAGGACAUCAGAGGACAACAUGACUGACAUGGUCACUCACAUGCCUGAUCGCUACAAAAUAGUGGAGACACUUAUCCUGCAUUAUGACUGGUUCUUCAGUGAUGGAGAACUUGAUAAGGAAGACAAGGCCCCAGAGGAUAAGCGGGACAUGCAACCUGUGCCGAACAUUGACCAUCUGCUGUCCAACAUCGGCAGGCCGGGCAUGCCAUGUGAGGCAUCAGAAUCCACCACCAGCGAUUCACUUAAAUCAAAGCUUUCUUUGAGCUCCAAAAAAGACCUGAAUGCCAAGGACUUCCUACCCAAGUCCAUCAUCUCUGCUGUGACCCGCAAACGCAAAAAAGGCCUCAGUACUAACCUGCCGGGCAGCAGCGCUGAUGAGGACUCAGAGCAUGAACCAGUCAAAGCUAGCAACUACGGGGGAAAAGAAAUGGGAGGGGAGGAACAAGAGGAUCGACAAGAGCAAGAGACAGUCAAGGCUGAACAUAUCGUUCCUAUCAAAGAAAGCCAAAAUGAGGUAAAAGCUCGAGACACCACAGAGGGAAAAGAUUCACUGACAGGAGGAGAAGAGGUUGAAGAGGACUUGAGAAAGAGAACUAGCAGCGAUGCACUAAGUUUGCAAAGGCAGAGAACCAACUUACCGGCACUUCGUCCAAACAGCCUUCUCUACUCACAUCACCAAGUCCAUGGCACAUUCCCAAGACCACCCCCUGUGACUAAUCCUCCUUCCCAUUUGAGAACUCACAGUCUAGCCAGUGGGCGUCCCGCUGUCCCCUUCUGGAUCUCCCCCUCCAGGCCUCCCAAUCUUGGACAUGGUUCUAGCUGUACGCCAGACUGGAACCAGUCAGCGCCAGUUCGCUACAGGAAGACCAGAGGUGGAAGGCCAAGGGCUGUGUCCAUGAAUCUGGAGCUUGAGCUGGGCAGGAGAGAAGACAGAGUCAGAGAAUGGAGAACCGACAAGGUGGAAGUUAUCUGGGUCACAGAGGGAACAUCAAGUCAGUGUAGACAUGUUGGGAUGCCUCAGGGAACAACUGUAGGCUCCAGGUCAGUUCAGCAUAUGGGUCCACUCCCUCAACUUGCCCAGGGGUCUCCCCCCCUUGCCUCUUCUUCCUUGGGAUGGAUCGAUCAAAGCUCCCCCGGAUCUUUGACUGUGGUCAUGAGGAGAUCAGCCACUGAAGUGCGGGACAGUACCAGAGCGUGGCGUCGUCACACAGUGGUAGUUUAACCCAGCUGUGGCAUUUACUAAUGCAGUACCAAGCACUUGCCCUUUACUCACUAACACUGAAUCACAUGUGUCACUGCUUCUAAAGCCUAAUGUCUUGCUUUGUUAGCAGGGGAUCUCAGUUGUCUCAAGAGUCAUUUGACUUUUUACUGGCACUAAGUUUGGAAACAUGUCCUCGUGGUAAAGGGAAUCUUUGACACUGAGUGUAUUUGAAGAGUUUCAUUCCAAAAUCAAAAACAUAGAAAACUGUGCAAGCAAUACUUUUGUCUUAACUCCUUCACUUACCUAAGAGUAGUGCUGUAACUAUCCAUGUCUUUAUGUACUGUGCAGACCACAUAAAGGUAAAUAUUACCAACUUAGCUUAUAGCCAAAAUCUGAUCGCAUACCCACACACAUAUCAAAGCAAACAUACCUGCAAGGUCCCAAAAUUUUUAGCCUGUGUUCACGCAGUGCAUUUUAUAGUGCAUCUAUUAUGGAUAGCCGGAAUGAAAUAAAUAAAAAAUUUAUUUUUUCAAAAAUACUGCAGUUGACGAUAAACUCAUAUUCAACUUAAGUUCACUAAUUAGUGGAACCUUACAGCUGUAGCAGUAUGUAACUCGUCUAAUCAGCAGAGCUUCAGUGCACCCUGCUGUUAAGACAUGGUUAUAACACCAGUCAAAUAGCUUGUGCAACCACAACCUUGGGUUCCUGUGUUACUGACAACUUUCAGUCUGCUCAGUCAGUAAUACGGCUCCAAAAGGAUUUGCAUUACAAACAUUUUUAUCACCAGUCAGUACAGCUAACACAUGUAGGAACACACUGGCAUUAGUCAGAUACAGCAGGUUUCUGAACUGGGUAGCUUGUUGUUUGACAGUUAGCUUGGCUGCUAACAGAAGGACAUUCACUCACUGCAGAGCAUUGAGGAAUGUGGAAGGAGCAACACAUCAGUAACUACAGCUUUUCCUGUUCUCUUCAACUCUCCAUGCCCUCAGAGCUCAAUACAGUAAAGACAGUUCUGUGUUGUUUAGCAGUGCAUAUUCAAGUAUUAUAAGCCCCAACAAACAAAUCCAAUGAUCACAACAAAUGCAUUCAAAUUAAUUGAUUUUGCUGCAGCCAUUUUAAAUGCUUGCAUGCAAACAAAAAAUUCAGACUGCGUCAAUAUCAAUCAAAAUCUAAACCUUGUUUAAAUGUAGCUGCCAUUGGCUUUAAAGUAGUCUUCUCAUGCAGUGAAAUGCAUGUAAUAAAAAUAUGUCAAGUACCAUCUGCAAUGAGUGCAGUGUCUCCCUAAACUUAGUCAAAACUGCAACCAUUCAACCUGAUUUACAUUUUUGGUAGGAGGAAGAAAUCACAAAGAGCUAAAUCUUGUAAGUACAGCGGGUGAAGAGCGUCCACAUGACAUUGUGCCACAUUUCAGGUUGUUUGUGCUGAAUGUUCUCCUUCAGACACCUUAGUGUCACCUCAGUGUCUGAAGGACAACAGGAGAAAUGCUCCUCUUGCUGAAACGCCUGAACAACAUGCUGAAAUGACUGCUUGUGAGGGAUUUUCCUCUCAAACCAAGAUGGUCAGAUGUUCUCAUAUAUACAGUCUAAAGUUGAGUUGCUGUGACUGGCUUUUUUCCCUAAGUAGCUUUUAAGCAGUUUCAUGAAGUUGGUGUUUUUCUUCAUACUACGGAUAGGUGGAGGAAAAGUAAUAAACUGUCGUACCCUAGACCCAGUAGCUAGUAACAUAGAAUGUUUUGGAAUGAAACCUUUCAGCUGCAGAUUUAAAGUGAUGGAUGGUGAUAAUACAUUUUAGGUAAAGACUGAGAGAAAGCCAUAUUAGACAACUGAGACUGAGCUCCAGAAUUAAUGCUGUUCCUGCUACAACAACUCUCACCAGCAAAGCCAUUGUCAGCCAUUUGUGUUCCACAGCAGACUGAUUGUGCUGGACUUGACCUGGUAUCUCCCCCUGCUGGUGUCCACUAAUGAUGUCUUUGACUAUACCCAUGCAAGCAAAGAUCUAAUAUGCAUCUUACCUGCCACGUUGAGUGCAGCACAGUAAUUAAGAUGAAACCUCACUUCAGUUUACUUCUCAGCCCUUUACAAGCUCUUCCAAAGCCUCCUGUGGAUCUACAGGGAAAUUCAGCAGAACUCACUCUGUCUGGCAAGUGGACUCAGGCAUUAUGCCAAAGCUUCCGUGGACUAAAAAAAAUUCACGCAUGGAAAAAUAUGCAAACCCUAAGUGUUCAACACGAGCCUGUUGUGCUUCCCUCUGUGUGUGUGUGUGUGUGUGUGUGUGUGUGUGUGUGUGUUUGCGUGUGCUGAGAAAGGAGGGCCAGAGCUGUGAGGAUGAUGAUGCCUGCUUGGUUAUGAGUGUUCAUGGCAGCUAUGUCAAGUCAUGCCAAAAUUCUGUUGUUUUUUUUCUAUGUGGGUAAUUGUACAGUGGCAGCAGUGUGGAGAAAGCUUAAGAAAGGAACCGAAGCACUUAGUGUUACAGUGAUACAUGAUAACAGCAUUGACAAGACACAAGAGCAGCUGGAAGUGAGUGGACAGCUUUCUUCAAUCCCAAACCACAGUCUUACCUGAGUGAUGUUUUAGCAUUUUUGCUUCCUUCCCAGAACUUUAGUUUUGUAAAAACAAAAUGGAUUGAAACCAAAAUGUACUGCCAACUACUGUCAUCCAACCAGGCUCCAUGUUUGUCUUAAUCAUAUCUAGACUCAGUCUGUCCUUCUCUCUAUCUGUGCCCUUGUGCAUGUACUUUAUGUAUGUGGGUAUACUGUGCGUGGACCAAUUUUGUAACAGUUGUACAAACCUUGUUAAGUUAACCUGUGUAUAUAAAUAUUAAACAUAAUAUAUUAAAUUAUUUGUUUUGGAAA